AUGACGGAGAUGGAUCGAAAGGAAAGAUUGGUCUCUCUCAGAAAGAAUAGAUCCAAAAAGGGUGAAGCUGCCAAUUACUCACAAAAAACCAGUGACCAGAUCACAUUGUACACUGAAUCAGAUACAUUGAAAAAUACCUCUUGUGAAUCAAUAAUUCGACCGGAAGAGACUACACCAUCUUUGCUAAUACAAUUUCCGGUAGUUCCACUAGAAUCAGAGAAAAAUUCACUCACCAAAGACAUAAAAGAUGACCUAGCUAGAUACUACCAGGAAGCAAACCUAAGAACAAGUGAGGUUCUUGAUAGAAUAAUACGGGAAAAGGUUGAGUAG